CGCUGAGGUUUCUGCGGCAAUGGUGUAUAGUUGAACUGCGGAACUGUGGUGUUGUUUGGGUAUUUACCCAAAGUGCCAUGAUCUGAAGACAGAAGAGAUUUCUGGGGACCAACUGUGAACAGCUGGGAACUAUGUCACACAGUACCUAUGGGAGGAUGUGGACAGAGGCCCAGGGGGCCCUGCAGGACAUGCUGGAGGAGGAGCUUCCAGCGGUCCCUCCCCGGCCGCAGAAGGACCGCCUCCUGGUCUUCCAGACCCUGGCCACGUUCUACGUGAAGUACCUGCAGAUCCUGCGGAGCCUGGAGGCGGUUUACGACCAGAUGGUGCACCCGCAGAAGCGGCGCGUCGUGCGGCACGUGCUGGACGGCGUGACGGGCCGCCUCCUCGAGCUGAAGAACGAGAUGGUGGAGCUGGAGUUCUCAGAAUUCCACUACUACGACGACAUUCUACAGGACCUCAAACUGACCCCCGGGGAUCUGGAGGUCCCCAUUCCACGCUACUUUGUGAGCGAGAAACUGCGUGUGCUGCGGGAACGGGAAAAGUUACUGGCCCAAAUUCUCGCCCGUGGGGAACACCUGGAUCCAGCGCCGGAAGUCCGAGCGCGUGCCCUGCCCAUAGACGAGGCGGUGCGUCUGGUGCAGGUGUCUGAGCGCGCUCGACAGGGCCGUCUCAGGGCCAGCUUUAUGAAGGAGAUCCGCAGGGAGGAAGAGAGGUACCGUCAGGGCCGGAACUGCAACGGCGACACCUUGGACCCGAACGCGGCAGCCACCCUCAUCCAGAAGGUGUGGCUCGGGUACAGUACGAGGAAGAGGAUGAAAAAGGAGCGACUGGAGGAGAUGGUGUUUCUGGGGAUGGUGCCCCCUCCGCAGCAGGGGAGGCAGAGCGCUGCACAGGUGCGCAUGCAGCAGGUGGAAUGCUCCCGCAGGCUGCUGCAGGAGAAGCACGAGGCCGACUUCCUGCAGGCUAAGGACAAAAUCAAGGACUCGGUGAGGGAGGUGGAGGGGCCUGACAUGCAGCAGACACUGCAGGAGCAGAUUCGCCAGUGGUUCAUCGAGUGCCGAGAUGCCACUGGGAAGUUUCCAGACUUCCCCAGCAUAGAUGAAGGGGGGUCGGCAGCCAUAUUUGCACAGAAGACACCUGAGCAGGUUGCUGCUGAACUGGCUGCCAAAGAGGAGGAGAAGGAGAAGAGGAAGAAAAGUAAAGGGAAAAAAGGGAAGUCGUCUGGGAAGGAGAAGAAGAAAGACAGGAAGGGAAAGGGGAAAGGAAAGAAGAGUGAUGCAGAUUCUGAGGAGGAGACGGGUUGGAAAAUGCCCCCCAGCAGUUUCCUGCCAGCGGUGGUUGAGGGGGCCAAUACCUACAAAGAGGUGUGGCAGCACCGAGACGAGAGCCAGAACUUCACACAGACCUUUGACGCCCAGCUGGUGCGGGAGGAGAAGCGGGUGGAGGUGGAGGAAGAGGUCAGAGUUCAGGUUGAUGAGCUGAUGAGACAAGAACUGAAGAACCUCAAGAUAAUAGUGGACCGAGUGAAAGAUAAGAAGAAGAAAAAGGGAAAGAAAAAGAGCAAGAAGAAGAAGAAGAAAGGGAAGACUUCUAAGAAGAAGAAGAGGAGGGAGAAAGAUCAGACAGCAGACAGGACGAUAGAGUCCCUGUAUGAAGAGCUGGUCUUAGAGGGAGUCCUGAUCAAGCCAUUGAACGUCAAACUGUCUGAAUACAUCGGUGAGUACAGCUACCUGGGCACCACCCUGCGCCAGGCUGACAUCGAGCCCAUGCCCUCUCUCUCCGACGUCCGUCAGCUUGUGGCCCUGUACGGGAUUCUGCCCCUGGGGUCCCAGGCGGUCCAUGAGCGGGCCCCGCUGGUGAAGACCCUGCUGCUGGCCGGGCCCGCGGGGGUGGGGAAGAGAAUGCUGGUCCACGCUCUCUGCACCGAGACCGGGGCCAACCUCUUCAACCUGUCCCCGGCCAACCUGGCUGGGAAAUACCCAGGCCGCAGCGGCCUGCAGUACCUCCUGCACGUCGUCUUCAAGGUGGCUCGUCUGCUGCAGCCCUCGGUCAUCUGGAUCGGCGACGCAGAGAAAACCUUCUACAAGAAAAUCCCCAAGCCAGACAAAGAGAUGGAGCCCAAAAGGCUGAAGAAGGACCUCCCGAAGCUGCUGAAGCUGAUCAAGCCCGAGGACCGCGUGCUGAUCGUGGGGACCACGCAGCGCCCCUUCGACGCCGACCUCAAGCCCCUGUGCAAGGUCUACCGGAAGAUCAUCCUCAUCCCCAGGCCAGACUACGCCACCAGGCUCGCCCUGUGGAGCCGCUCUCUGGAGGAGCGUGGGGGCCAGCUGAGCCCUGAGCUGGACCUGAGCUCGCUGGCCAAAGUGACGGACGGCUACACGCAGGGCCGCAUCCUGCGGGCUGUGCAGGCGGUGCUGACCCAGCGGCGGCUGGACCUGCAGACCCAGAGGCCCCUCAGAGCGCUGGAGUUCAUCCCCCCCCUCGCCAGGCAGGACCCCGUCUACAAGGACGAGGAGGAGACCUUCAAGGCCUGGUACAGCAGGACCCCGCUGGGCAAGAAGAGGGCACGGGCCGCCAGGGCCAGCGAGGAGGGGGAGAUGGGCAACGGCCCCGAGAAAGGAGGGAAGGGAAAAAAGAAAAUGAUGGAGGGCAAAGCGAAGGGGAAGAAAAAGCAGAAGUGAGGUGUAGGCUCAAAGCAGUCUCUUCACUUGUGGAAUCUCAUCAGACACUCUCCAUAGUGGAGAAUGGACAGUAACACACUAAGUACACUGUCUCAUUUAGAGGAGAACAUCUUUCUCAACUCUAACCUCGUUCUUGACCUCCAUAUAACUUCACAUUUAUACACAUCUCAAACACUCACAAAGAGAGUGUGUGUACGUGUGUGUACAUACAUACGUACAUGCAUACACAUUAAACCAUUGUUUACUGUGCUGCAUUUCAAUCACCAGUGUUUUUUGUUUUAAUGUUGAUCAUGAUGACGAGAAUGAUGGUUUCAAAUUUAGAUUUCAUGAAUUUUACUAUAAUACAUUCAACUACUUUUCUGAUUUAGGUUCCACCAUGUCAAACAUUUGGCCGUGUAUUUCAAUAAUUAUGACUAAUCCAUUUUGAUUUGAUUUGAAACUGCACAUGACCAGAAGUAAACCCUGGUAUUGAUCAAACUCAGUAAUAAACUAUUCCAGAAUAUGAGCAACAGUCAACAUUGAUAAUAUUUUUCUUUGUUUCCUUGGUUGUCCACUAAUACCUCAUUCUGCUGCAAAAUUGGUGCAGUGACCUGUCUGUCAAUGUUAGGAAUGACUAGUGUCCUUUUUAUAGCAGUCUGACCUAUCCUCUAACGACACAACCUGUUUACACAUGAUGACUGCAACUACGUCUAUUUUUAAUUUCAACUUUUUUUUUUUCAAGAUAGAUAUUUUCCCAUUGGCCUCCUCCUUUUUAAUCUGACCAUUUCAUAUUGCAUAUCAUUUCUCUUUUUUAACAUAUUGUAAUAUGACAUUGAUCUAUUAAAAUGGUUUUUUACCUGAA